AUGUGGUCGCCCGGCAGGUGCUCCUUGGAGGUGCAUGCGCUGGGGGCGCACCUCGCUCUGCCGCAGCGGCAGCACCGCCAGCGACGGCGGCUGCACGCGCCGCCCAGCGACCAGCUGCCGCUCGCGUUUGAGCAGCAGCAGGAACGCGAGGCGCUGUUGCGGGAGCAGCAGCGGGAACGGCAGCACCAUUACCUACAACAGCAGCAGGGGCGGCAACAGGAGCAGCAGCAGCAGCAGCAGCAGCAGCAGCAAGAGUCUCACGAGCACGAGCAUCAGCUCCUGCUGAGGCUAGGUGCGGGUGGCCAGACCCAAAUCGCUGGGCUCCAGCUCGCCUCCCCAGGGGAGGCAGUUGCGGCGACGCUGGCGCAAACACUGAAGGGCGCCACGUCAGACAGUCUGCCAAGCGUGAGUGGCCGGGGCGAGGCGCCACCAGCAAUGCCUGCCGAUGCAGUUGCAGGGCAGCAGCAGCAGGAGCAGCAGCACCAGCAGCACCAGCAGCACCAGCAGCACCAGCAGCACCGGCACAGCAGGUCGCGCCAGACACGCGCCGCGCGGGCCGGCGAGUGGCGGCGCCCACCGCGGCGGCCGGAGGCGGCGACCGUGCGGCCAGACGCGGCAGUGGCUUCUGGCGGCAGCUGGGAUUGGGGCGAUCAUUUGGAUGCGGAUCACUGGGGGUCGUCCAGCCGUUUGGGCGGCAGCAGCAGGCGCUCGUUGGGCGGCUACGCCGGCGAGGGCGGCGACGCCAGCGCGUGCGACGUCAUAAGCGCCGUCGCCGCGCGGGGGGGCGGCGCAGCGGCCUGGCCGCGCCCGGCGCGUCCGCGAGA